AUGAAAGCAGAAAAUCAAUCAACCAACUACAUGCGUGACAAUCAGCUUCCAUUUGACAACAUUUACCACUGUUUGCGAACAAUGGACGCCCAAGUCAAGGCAUUACGCGCACCAUCCCGGGUUGUGAAAUCCAUUAUACUGUACCCCUCUUAUGAUUACACCCAAACGGGAUUCAACUACUGGGCGGGUACCGGUCAAAUUGGGUAG